UGUCGUUUUUGGGCCUCGCAUACCAACCCAACACAGCCCAGAGAACAGAACCAGAACAAGAACAAUCUGGUGAAGAAGAAGUAUGUCUAAACUCAGCACCCUCUUCAUGGUAGCCCUUCUCCUCUUCUUCACGCUGCCGUGCGCCGGCCUCCCGGAGCCUUUUUUGGUGAAAACCCAACUCGAGGACGGGACAGCGGAAAAUAUUGAGGUUGGUGAAUCAAGUUGUGAAGGAGAGGAAGAAGAAGAGUGCUUGAUGAGGAGGACACUGGCAGCUCAUGUUGAUUAUAUCUAUACACAGAAGCGCAAGCCAUGAAGCUCUGUCAAAAUUUCUCUAUUUAUAUUUGCAAGAAUAAGUAUAUGUACUUGUGUUACCAAAUCAGUUGGUGAUGAUAUUAAUUAGAUAUACUUGGACUAAGAUUAUUAUUAGAAUGCCUAUGAAAAUCAGUUGGUCCGUCUGUAAUGUUUAUUAGAAAGCUUAUGAAAAUGUUGUACGUACUAAUAAUCCGUAUGAGUUGGUUCAAGGAUCAAACAAAAAAAUGAGACAGUCAUAUGCAUGUAAAUCAGCAUUUACGAUACAACCAUGAAUAUAAAAACAAGUGAUUCGGGC